AUGGCGACACUCAACGUCAAAGAUGCGCUCUCCUACCUGGACCAGGUCAAGGUGCAGUUCGCAGAGCAUCCCGACGUCUACAAUCGCUUCCUCGACAUCAUGAAGGACUUCAAGAGUCAGUCCAUAGAUACCCCUGGCGUCAUCGAAAGAGUCUCGACCCUCUUUCGCGGACAUCCCAGCCUCAUCCAGGGCUUCAACACCUUCCUCCCUCCCGGAUACCGCAUCGAGUGCAGCCUCGACCCCAGCGAGAGCAACCUCAUCACUGUCACCACCCCAACCGGCACAACCACACAGACCCCCGGCGGCGUCGGCAUCGCAGGCGCCAUCAAUCGCAUGAGUGGAACCGGCUCCGGUCCCCCGCCUCCGGGCCCUUCCACUCAAUCCUCUGGUCCCCGAGGUCCCGGUGGCAUGGGCAUGAUGCAUGGCUCGGCUCCUCGCCACGCCGACCAGCCUCCGUCCCACAUGCAUCCGCCUCCCCACGCGCACGAUGGCCCUCCCGGCUCCAUGCCUUACAUGAGCGGCCCACCCGGCCAUCCCAUGAAUCACGGUCCGGCCGGCGCCAACUACUCGGGGGCUUCUGGACAGCCCAUGGGGCCCGGCGGCCCACAGCAUCCAAGCCACGGUCCCGGUCCGGGUCCCAUGGGCCCCGUUCCUCCUCACCACGCCCGGCCUCAGUCGCCCAUGCCCAUGGCUCCUGGCAUCGCACCUCCCGCCCCUCCUGGUUCCGGCAUGCACGGCGGCCAGGCCGGCCCCAUGACACCAGUUCAGGAUCCCAAGCGACCCCCGGUCGAAUUCAACCACGCCAUCAACUACGUCAACAAGAUCAAACAGCGCUUCUCUCAGGAUCCCGAUACCUACAAACAGUUCCUCGAAAUCCUGCAGACCUACCAAAAGGAGCAACGUCCCAUCCACGACGUCUAUGCCCAGGUCACCGUCCUCUUCGAGAAUGCAAAGGACCUCCUCGACGAGUUCAAACAAUUCUUACCCGACACCACCGCUGGCUCACAGCCUAGCGGCGGCCUCUUCAACAUGCUCGGCCAGGUCACCUCCGGUCUUGGCGGAAGUGCCAGCACUGGCGCAGCUCCAGGAGCAAUGCAGGGCCAGCCAGGCUACAGAGGCGCACCGGGCGAAGGCCCCGAUGCUGGUCGCAAGGGCGGUGCGGGUGCCAUCCCAGGCGCGCCCGGUGCCCCCUCCUCGGCUUCGCGCAAGAAGCGCAGCGGUGCCAACGAAUCCGGCAAGCCAAGCUCGGGCAAGACCAAGAAGUCCAAACACGGCCACAAGGCCGAGCAGCGUACGCCUCCACUUCGCCAAGAACCGCUUCCGCCAUCGCCCACCUUUGCCCAUCCGGGUCAGAUGCACCACGUCUAUGGCAUCGACGGUAUGGUCGCAGCCGAAGCCACCGGUCUCGUCCCUCAGGGCACCGUCGUCAACGGCCUCGCACUCGGCCAGCCUCAAGCUCCGCUUGCGACGCUCGACGAGGUCGCCUUCUUCGACCGCGUCAAGAAGCACAUUGACGACCGUGCCACAUACCUCGACUUCCUCAAGCUUCUCAACCUGUACACGCAGGACAUCAUCGAUGUCAAGACUCUCGUCGACCGCGCCGCUCUCUUCAUCGGCACCAACCGCGAGCUCUUUGUCACUUUCAAGGGCCUCUGCGGCUACGACAUGGGCCGCCACGGUUGGCUCGACAAUGAGGAUCCUAUCGUCGAAAACGUCCCGGCUCCUCUUCGCGAGCGCGUCGACCUCAGCACCUGCAAGGUCUACGGCGCCUCGUAUCGCAAGUUGCCCAAGUCCGAAGUCAACCUCGCCUGCUCCGGCCGAGACCCCAUGUGCUGGGAGGUUCUUAAUGACAGCUGGGUCAGUCAUCCCACGUGGGCAUCCGAAGGUGAGGGCUUCAACCCGCACAAGAAGAACCCCUACGAGGACGCGCUCUAUCGAUCCGAAGAGGAAAGACACGAGUACGACUACCACAUCGAGGCCAACCUCAGGACCAUCGCUCUCCUCGAGCCCAUCGCCGCUCGCAUCUCCACCAUGGACAACGAAGAGAAGGCGGCUUUCCGUCUCAAGCCCGGCCUCGGAGGUCAGAGCAAGAGCAUCUACCAGCGUGUCAUCAAGAAGGUUUAUGGCCGCGAGCAGGGCCUCGAGGUCAUCAGCGCCCUUCACGACACGCCUUGUGUAUCGGUGCCCAUCGUCUUGCACCGUCUCAAGCAGAAGGAUGAGGAGUGGAAGCGUGCCCAGCGCGAGUGGAACAAAGUCUGGCGCGAGGUCGAUGCCAGGAACUACUACAAGAGCCUCGACCACCAGGGCGUCAACUUCAAGACGUCCGACAAGAAGGCCAUCACCGCCAAGGCCUUCAUCGCCGAGAUCGAGGCGCGCAAGCUCCAGCAGCAGCAGCGAAGGCUCAGUUUGGAUCCCACACUCCCGCGUCCAAAGCCGAGGCACCAGCUUGUCUAUGUCAUGGACGACACGCACGUGCUCGCCGACGUGCUCAAGCUCGCCUUCAGCUACCUCGACCGCGCCACGGGAAGCUACAGCUCCAACGACCGCGAGCGCAUCGAGAACUUCCUCCGUUCCUUUGUUCCUAAGCUCCUCGCGCUCGACGUCCACGAGUUUGAAGAGCUGCUCAAUGGCGAUGUCGACAUGGACGAUGAAGAUGCCAAGAGCAACGCUGACGACGAUGCUAGGAGCGUAGACACGCUCGCGGAUGACGACACGGACGCCUCCUCCAACGCCUCUGGUUCGGCAAGUCGACGCGGCAAGAAGCAGGCGGCCGACCUGCGCAAGAAAAUCCUCAAGAGCCAAGCCGAGACCUCCAAGCAGACCGAAGACGGCGGCGAGGAAUCCGUGGACGCCACUGGCGCUGCAGCCUCGGCCAAUGCCAGAGCCGCCAGCCCCACGAUUGUUGCAGACGUGGACUCGGUGGCUGAGGCGCUCGCCAACCAGACCUCCAACACGGUCACGCCCGCCGUUGCCAGCGCUGAGGACGUCGACAUGGAGGAUGCCUCAAAGCCCGUGGAAGAGGCCUCGGCCCUGGCAACGGAUCAAGAGGACGUGGCACCCUCGACGACAAUUGGCGGUGCGGCGGACGCCGGUCCCGCAGCCGAGGCUCCCAAGGAGACUGAGGCCGAGGCAGCGACCGAAGCCGCCGACCAACCAUCCAAGCAGGAUGCUGCAACAUGGAUCAACACCGAUCUCAAUGCGACCUUUGAUUCCCAGAAGGGCCAAACCGUCAACGUGCGCGGCGCAGUUGAAGAAGAAGACGGACCGGACUCGGCGACCAGCCCUGUCAACUUCUUCUGCAACAGCCAGUACUUUGUCUUCAUCCGCCUUCUGCAGCUUCUGUACGCGCGCCUGCACAAGGUGAAGGACCUCGGUGUCCAGAUGGCCAACAAGCAUCCUCUGCGCAGUAAGAUCAAUCCCCUCGCCAUCGAGCUUGGCCUCCAGGAUGGUGGUAGCGGUCCAGCGGCUGUGGUGGGCGCCACCGCCAACGCCUCGAGUCUUGGGCCUGUUGCGCCAACCAACGAGGAGGCCGGCCUCACCCUUCACCCCUCGCGCUACUACGAUACGCUGCUCGACAUGUGCGAGAAGCUGUUCGAUGGCGACGUGGACCAAGCCACAUACGAGGAGUCAGUCAGAUACAUGUACGGCAUCGAGGGCUACAUUGUCUUUACCUUGGACAAGGUCAUUGGCGCGCUCAUCAAAGUGGUCCAGUUCCUGACCACGGACAACAAGUGCCAGGAGAUGCAGUCCAUCAUGGAGGCCAACCGGGCCAACGUGCAGAGCACGCUGACCAGCUACCGUCAGCAGAUUGCUGACCGCAUGGCCGCCGAGGACCUGAUCGGCAAGGACGAGAGCCUCUUCCGCCUGGAAUGGGUGCCCUCGUCCUGCACCCUGCUCAUCCAGAUGCUUUCCAAAGACGAUCUCACGCUCGACGAUGCCAGGACGGCCGAGCGAAACUGGCUCCACUACGUGUCGAGCUUCAGCCUUUGGACGCCUACCGAGGGUCUUGUGGAGGAAGCACAGGCGCCCUUCAUCAAGAGGUCGCUCUCGGCGAGCGGGGCCAGCGAGAACGAGGCCAGCGAGACGCGCUACGUGACACGCAGCGGACUCGAGAUCCGAGUCUGUCUCCGCACUUUCAAGCUCUUCUUUGCGCACGGCACCGAGGACGUCUUUGUGCGCAUCCGGCCCGAGGACGAGAGGGACGAGCUCGACCGCAAGGCUGCGGUGGUCAACAACCGGCGCAAGCAGCGCUGGGACGAGUGGCUCUCGGCUCGCCGACAGGCGAUCGACAACCCAAACGGCCCUGCUGAGCCUUCGCAAGAGGGUGCCGACGUUGCAGCCGAGGCCGCUGCGCCUAACGGAGACGUCGAGCCUGCUCAGGCGUCCGAGUCCGUGGCCGAAGCUUGA